ACAACUCAUCACAAAAAAGACCUGGCGGAGCUGGUCUGAUCCAGGCUCCCAGGGGGCUGUGCGGCGUGCGCUCUUCGGCGCUGUCAUGGCGGGUCUCCUGAAGAAGACCACCGGCCUCACGGGAUUGGCUGUGAGUGACUCUCCGCAUGAUAGACUAAGAAUAUUGUAUGCAAAGAUUCUCGAUGUUCUUAAUCAGUUCCCUAAAAAUGUAGCAUGUAGAAAAUAUACUGAACAGAUUACAAAUGAGAAGCUGGGUAUGGUUGAAGUGGAACCAGAUGGUAAAAAAUUGGAAGACCAACUUCAGGGUGGCCAAAUAGAAGAGGUGAUUCGUCAGGCUGAAAAUGAACUAAGCUUGGCGAAAAAAAUGUUGCAGUGGAAACCAUGGGAGCCAUUAGUGGAAGAGCCUCCUGCUAACCAGUGGAAAUGGCCAAUAUAAUUAUCUUUAAAUGUCUCUGAUAGGUUGAUGGCAAACUGAUGUAAUUAAAUGUACUGUUAUAUUAAAAGUGUGUUUAUAUUAUUGACAUGUUGUAAUCAAGAAAAUUAAUACAGGACAAACCUAGGAGACUUUAAAAUUUGUUACUAUUUUCAUAGGGUUUGUGGUUCAGUUUUUGAUUUGCAUAGUAUCUACUCAGAUUAGUUCAAAGACAGUAUUUCUUUGAACAGAAAGGUUGUGGGAAGACUUGAAAAUUAAUUAGAAAAGUUCUUAGAAGUAUUCAGUGCAGAGGCCACAGUUGAAAGGUGAAGUAUCUUUAGUAGUGUCUUCAGCACAUUACUUAAUUUCUUUUAUUCUGGAAAAAAGAGAAGGAACUUUGUUAUGUGUGAAUAAAUGUAUUGAUAACUGAAGUUAGCUCAUGAGAGUGAAGGUGUUCCAUUUUGAGAAUAGUGUCAAAAUAGUUUGAUAAAAUUUUAAAUUGUUAAUUUGGAAU